AAUCAGUGUGACCAAUGCAAUAUAAUCGCGCCAUAUAACUGUUUAAACGAACAGGAAAAUUACGAAUUAAAAAAAAUUUGCGCAUAUAUUUUCCGGAUAAAAGCACUCCAAAGUACUUCAUUUUGUUCUUUAUAGACUACUUUCAUUUUUUGGCAAUGUCCACAAAUUACGGACAUAAAAAUGUUGUUGAUGAGUCUGCGAGGAAACUGGUCGCAGUGAUCACUGGUGGUAACUCGGGCGUUGGGCUAACGGCAGCAGAGAGGCUUCUAAGCUUGAACAAUGGUGAAGGAAUAGAAAUCUGUUUGGUCUGUAGAAAUAAGCAACGGGCAGAGGUUGCUAGAUCUUCUCUUCUGAAAUCUCAUCCUAAUGCUACAGUGGACAUUGUCUUAAUAGACACAAGUAGCAUUGCAUCUGUGAUAAAAGGAGCCAAAGAACUUCGCAUAAAAUAUCAGCAUGUGGACUUUCUCUACCUCAAUGCUGGCGCCUUUUUGGUCAGACGCGGCAUCAACUGGUCACACAUGAUGAAGGAAAUCUUUGACAGUGAUAGUCCAGGACAGAAGAUUUUACACAUGUUCAGCACUGGUGAUGGUUUGCUACUGCAGAGGGAUAGCUUAACCAAUGAAGGACUCCAACAGGUGUUUGCCACCAAUUUAUUCGGCCAUUAUGUUUUAGUGAGAGAGCUAGAGCCUCUUCUUGGGAAGGAAUCCCCAUCCCAAGUUAUAUGGACAUCAUCGAGGGCCAGCAUAAAGUCUUCCUUUAAUGUAAAUGAUAUUCAGCACAAGAAUGGGCAAGAUCCAUAUGGUUCUUCAAAGUUUGGGAUUGAUGUUAUGAGUGUGGCUUUAAAUGAAAGAUUGAACAAACAGAACAUCUACUCCCACACAUGUUGUCCAGGCCUAGUGCUCACAAACUUGACCAGUGCUAUUUUCCCCAUGUGGAUCUGGUAUAUACUGCUGCCUUUCUUUCUACUUAUGAGAAUUCUCAUUUCCAAUUUCAACAUGACACCUUACAAUGGCUCAGAAUCACUAGUUUGGUUAUCCCAACAAAAUCCGAAAAAACUAGAUCCAAUGGCCAGAUAUGAAAGCAACACUUCCUUUCUUUGGAAAAGAUAUGUAUCAUCCAGAAAGCUUCCUGUGGACAAGGACACUUGUGAUCAACUGUUCAAGGAAUGUGACUCUCUGUAUCAGAUUAUACUACCUUACAAUAAUGAAUCAAUACACGUCCCCUACCGGUUUGUGGAAAUUGGGACUAAAAAUAAGAUGCAAGACCAUGAAGAUCCAAUGAGGAAUUAUAUUGAAGAGAAGAAAAAGAAAGAGAAGAAAGAAAGAAUAGAACAGUUGAAAGCUCUUGUCUUUGACUCGGACACAACAUCAUCAUCUUCUUCAGAGGAUUCUGGUUAUCACAGAAAACGCAAGAGAAGAAGAUCUGAAACAAGGUCAAAAUCCGAGAGGAAAAAAUCAAAUUCAAGGUCUGACUCAAGGGAAUCUAACCAGGGCAAGAGCAGCAGGAAACAUAGGAAAAAGAAAAAGAGAAAGAAGAAAAUAGAAGAGGGUGAUUAUGAAAUUUCAUUCAAACCAAAGAAAAAGAAAAACUCAAAAAGAAGUGAUUCUCACAGAACUGAUGUUGAGGAUGAAAGGAGUGUUUGGUUGGAGAGAACAGUCAAACAAAAAGCAACAAAUCAUUCUGAAAAAGAGGAUCCGUCUAUUCGGUUUCGUAAUUAUAUUAGCAAAUGUGCCUGUGUAAUAUUUUUCAGGGAAACAUUCAGGUCUGACUAUGAAGCACUCAGAGAACGACUGACUACAUUGCCAGAUAAAACAACACAUGAUGUCAUGGUUCCCUUUGGAUCUCUAGCUUUCAUGCCAGCUGUUGAACAACAAAUCAAAGAACUACAGGCUCAGAAACAUCUUCUUGAACCAAGACUGGAGUUCACUAAGAAUCUCCCUGGAGGAUCAAGGAAUGAGGACUAUUUUGAAAUUGCUGAAGAAUUUGAUCCAGAAAAAGAGAAGUUAUGGAGAGAGGAACACAGAAAAAGUGUACAAAGACAGAGGAAGAAGGAGAAACUUGAAAGGAAAGCCGAGGAGAAAAACAGAACUUUAACAGAUGAGGACAUCUGGAAGCGACUGGAUGAUUUAGAGAGACAAGAGGCAGAAGGUCGAGAACUUCAAAGAAUUCAAGAAUUAGAUGCACCUGGUGACUUUGAAUUGGUAGAAAGAUCACAAGAAAAAACACUGAUAUCAUCAACAGAAGAAAGAACCAGAAAAGUUCACUUUAAGGAUGACCAGCCAGACUCAUCAUCCAUGGAGGAAUCGGAUGAUGACAGUGAGGUUGAGGACAGUGAUGAUUUCACUAGUGGAAGCUGUGAGGAGAAUGAGGAGGACAGACAGGAAAGUAAAACACAGGUCAUAAACUUCAAACACUCCCAAGCUGAAGAGAGGCUUCAACCGCAAGAGAUGGCAGACUCAGAAGAGGCCUUAAGUGAUGUAAAAAGCCCGAGAGAUGUUUACAGACUGUACAAACCAGGGACUAAGUCAAUUCUUAAAACCAGCAAUGGCGCAAGGAAAAUGAAAGUAAAGAAGAAGUCGGAUACUCAGCGACCAUCAGUUCAGAGUCCACUCUCUUCUGUACAAGCAGCCUUUUCUGGGGUAGUUGUGGAAAAGAAGGUAUUAGAUCCAUUACCUUCCUUAUCGACGGAGCAGAAAUCACCAGAAAAGAGACAAGAAUCAACACCAGAGGAAAUUCAGAAGCCAGCACGUGUCUCAAAGUUUAAAGCCAAAAGACAAAACCUGUCAAAAUCUUAAUAUCUUUUAUUGCAAGGUACUAUCAUGUAAAUGUACUCCUUUGUUGUGUUAAUGUUUGAUGUCUUAAAUAAAAGAAGAAAGAGAA